GUCAGCUUGGUGUAUGCUGCUGCGUGAAUCCAGGAUUUCUAAACAGCUGACAGCUCAGAAGAGAUAUUUUUUCAUUGAAAGACAGCCCUUACAAUGAAAAAAACAAAAGGAAGACUAUUGGAGGUGCUUGUCUUUUGGGGGGUUUCUUCUUCCCUUAAUAUUCAUGGAUUAUAGUAUUUCCACUAAAGGCUCCCAUUUAUAAUGAGAAGACAUACAACAUAUGGAUGGCAUAAACUUUCAUUAAAAAAGAACCAUGAAGAAUCAGUCCUCCAAAUAUGAUUUUGAUCAUCUGAAUUGUCACAGAGGAUACCAGUCAGCUGAAGAUAAAUGCUUUUCUUCUGAUCGAAUACCUUCAUAAUUAAAAGCAACAUUUGUUUUGUCUCUGCUAUAAUAACUAUCAGAAUGACCCACCACAGAAAAUAUUUUCACAUUCCUUGGCAGUUUGCUAAGUUAAGUGUUUUCUUAUAUGCAUCCAUCUUUUUUUUAGUAAUAUGUUUGUGCCUCAUUGCUAAUACUUGUAAUUUUUUGGCCAUUUUACCCAAAAUCAAAAAUCAAGAAAACACUGGUUUGAACUUGAUGGAAGGAUUUGCAGUAACUGCCAAACAGUUUCAUAAAUCUGACAAAGCAAAUGAAAUCAUUUUUCAGAAAAGCAACAUUUCCAGCUUUCAGAAGUUCAUAAGGAACAGAAAAGAAAAGAAACAAAGUGGAACUGUGACACAAUUUGCUAAUGAAGAGACAACAGAGUCUGCCUCAAAUUCAUCCAUUUACCCUCACCCAUUCCAAUUUCUUAUUAAUGAAAAAGAUAAAUGUAAGCAGAAAACUCCUUUUUUGGUACUAUUAAUUCCAACCAGAGCUGAUGAAAAGAAGCACAGAGAAGCCAUCAGGAAAACUUGGGGAAAUGAAUCUGUGGUUCCUGGAAUUAAAAUUGUUCGCCUAUUUAUGUUGGGUUUUAGUGACAAAGACCAGAAUGAAAAUAUAUUGCAGGAAAGUAGGCAAUACCAUGACAUUAUUCAGCAAGACUUUUUAGACACCUAUAAUAACUUAACUCUUAAAACUAUGAUGGGCAUUAAGUGGAUUGCCACAUAUUGUAAUGGCACAAGUUUUAUCAUGAAAACAGAUAGCGAUGUUUUUGUGAAUACAAUAUAUUUAAUACAGGAGUUACUGAGGCCCAUUAUAUCUCCUUCACAGUAUUUUUUCACUGGUUGUCUUAUGAAAAAUCAUGAGCCUAUCCGUAAUCCUGACAGUAAAUGGUACAUGCCAAAAGAACUUUACCCAGGUGAUCGAUACCCAGAUUUUUGUUCAGGAACUGGCUAUGUCUUUUCUAGAGCAGUAGUUCCAAAAAUUGUCAGCGCCUCUUUAAAGGUCAAAUAUGUACAUUUGGAAGAUAUUUUUGUAGCUCUCUGUCUUGAAAGACAAGGAAUCACUAUUUCACCCCCACUCAGAAAUUCAUUUUUUAACAUAUAUAAAGUCCCAUUUUCUACUUGUGUAUAUAACAACAUAAUUACUUCCCAUGGAAUUAAUCCAACGGAACAGAUCAUUUUCUGGGAAACAUUGCAAAAGGAGAAACAUAUGUGUCAUAAAUAAAACACAUGUACAGUAGAGUUUCCAUGGGAAUGCAAUAUGAAAUUAUACUUUAUUUAAACUUUAUGAUUACUGAAUGCGCAUCAUGAACCUCUAAUGGGGAUCUAGACAGAUAGACUUAAUGGGUGCCCAUACAUGUGCUCUGAUGCAUUGUAAUUAGAAUGUGUUGGAACAGACUCAAUUAAUCAAGACUGCUCCGCAUUUGAAUGAGAAUGCUCUAACAGUGCUGCAGCAUCAUAUGUAUAAACCCCUGUGGGUUUAAAAAUGGCUACUUGUGUGCUUUAACUAAUGCUUGUUAAACAUUUGUUAGUUAAAGCUUUAGUUAAAGCAUUCUUUGAUAUUUUUAAAUGCACAAGGCAUGUGACUCUGAGGCAUUUUAAUUAGUGUGGUUCUCCAGCAACCCCCAAACAGGUGUAUAGGCAGCCAAUGAUAUCAGUGAUUUUUGUACUCUAUUUAUAUGCAGAAAAAGCUUUUUAGUCUAAAAAUAUGUUUUUUCCCCACAGAAGAAUUUCACUAUAAGCACAGUUCUGAAAUAACAGUCAUUGCAAUGUAGAUGUUGAAAUGAUUUAAAGCUUUCUUCCUACUUCAGAUAGCAUUUCAAAUAAAGAAAUGGAAUAAUUGUAUUUUCCUUUAUCGUCUAAAAUCACUGUAUUUUGCUCCUCAGAGUUAGAAACCUGUCUUAGUUAUGCUCACUCAC